AUGACACCCAGCUCUGAUGAUGUGCAUCAUAUGAUGCACGAAAUCUCAGCACGUUGUCACCCGAAACGAGGAAGGAAGUCUCGUGGACUGCGUCAACAUGAAUGUCGUGCAAAAGCCAAACGGCUGCAGUACAACGCAAUUCAUCCGUCAUCAUUUGGUGAGAUCGACCAACGAAUCUCUUCUUCAUGCACUUUCAUCCGAAAUGAAAGUCCGCCUAACAAUGUUGUCUCAGGAGACUCAUCGAAACCAAGUUUCUCUUUGUAUCUACAACAUUUUUUAUCUCAAGAGACUCAUCAAUUUCCCGUUACUUUUCAUACAUGCAUGGAUUUUUCACCUCAAAAUGUCCAAUAUAAAAGCGCAUCCCGUCCUGAAGAAGAGUCCAAGCGCGAGUAUCACUCGGCUUCGGCUUCGCCCGGACUCAUGCUUUUCGAUGCCCAAUCCGAAAUGUCUCUUCCUCUCACCGGCCCUCGGAUGCCUGUAGACUGA